CGACACGCAGACUUUCGUCAUUCUGCGCAGAAUCUGUGCAGAAUCGGAGCAAGAAGCCAAUGGAUUUUCAGAGUCUUUGCAGAACCUGCGCAGACUCAGCAAAGUCUGCCUCUCGUGAACGCACCCAUAGUCCUAGCUGAAUAUACGCCUCUCUUUCUCCAAAGUCGCUGGGUGCGUUCAUGAAGAUCAUUAUGCGCAGAAUAUGACCAAUUUAUGGAAGAUAAUUUGGCUAAACUGGUCAGAUUCUGCAGAGAAUGAUCUCCGUGAACACGCCCUCUUAUUUCUGUAAUGAAAUGGGGCGUCACUGGCAGUGGGCGUGCCUGGUUGGAACCGUCACGUAUUAUUGGCUGCAGAAACACUCGAAACCCAGCUUGCGAAACUGAUUGGCUGAACCUCCCUGUGGAAAGAAGGGCGGGAUCGCGAUGACCUGCUGUGGAUCCGAAAUGGCGCCAGUUUCGUCUCUCUGCUUUGUGGUCGAAGAGUUUGUAUUCUGAAGCUGCUGCUCGGGAUGUGAGAGCGUGGGUCAUUGUCCGUGGCAGUGGACACGACUAACACGCACACGUAUGUAAUUGUAUAUAACUUCUGUUUUGUUUGUCCGUGGGCUCGAUAUGGUGCCGACCCCCUAGUCAUUGUACUUGUUUGAUUUAUUAACUGAUUAUAGAGUUUGUUUUUCUUUUUUUUCUUUGAAUGGUUUUAAAGUGACGGUUUAGAUUUGAAAAGGAAGUCUGGAGACCGACGAAAGAAAGAACUACAACUUACGCAGACUGCAGAGAGAGAGUGAGAACGGAUCAGCCUCACUCAAAGGAAGUUUCUGAGAUGGAAGCAGCUCACAUCAGCCCAGAGCUUCCUAUGCGAUGGGUUGUUUCUGCAGACAGGACUGUUGAGAUCAAGGAGGAAGUGACUGAGCUGGGGUGUGACCAGGCCAAUGAGCGGAUCCUGCAGGAGGAAACGCCACCUUCUAGCAUCACUGAGAGAGGUACACUGACAGAGACCAGGCUGAAACUCAAAAUGGCCCAAAGAAGACGGAUGACCACUCAAGAAAGGAUUGAUAUGCUUACCGCUUUGUCCGAAAAUGAUUCUGAUGCAGGGAAUGUGAGUGAUUACGACAGCGAUGAAUCCUGGAUUUGUGAUACAGUCAGUUCCACCAGUGAAAGCGAGGAAGGUGCCACUGAAGUGCCACGAUCACACAGAGGGCUCCCCAGGGGCAGAAGAGGUUGUGGCAGAAGCAGCAGUCUUGGGGAAUCCUCUGCAGUGCCAGCCGCUUUGCCUGUAUCGUCUCCUGCAGCAGCUGCAGGCAUGCCAGCCAUGCCAACCGCUUCACCCGCAGCAGUACCAAGGACAGCGACUCCAGCUGCAUCGCCAGCACGAACGGGCAUUCAGGAGACUGGGAAAGAUGGCACUGUUUGGGAAAUUAUAAGUCCCGGUGUUGAUGCUAUGGGAAGACGGGCUGCACAAAAUGUUUUGACUGAAACGUCAGGUCCCACGCCGUACGCAAAACGCAACAUCAAUAGCAUUCUCAGUGCUUUUCAUUUAUUGAUUGAUAUGCGAAUGCUACACCACAUUCAACGCUGUACUGUAGCAGAGGCACAUAGGAUACAAAAUAAUGAUUCCUGGGCAAUGUCGUUGGAGGAAUUAGAAGCGUUUAUUGCAAUCCUGUAUGUUCGAGGAGCGUAUGGUGGUAAAAGCCUUUACCUGGAGAGCCUUUGGUCUACACAAUGGGGAAUUACUUUUUUUAUAGAGACAAUGUCACAGAAUCGUUUUCGAGAAAUCAUGAGGUUUUUGCGUUUUGAUUUUAGAGCAACGAGAAGGGCCCGCCUUCAGACAGAUAAAUUUGCCCUGGCAUCAGAAAUUUGGAACGGCUUCAUUGAAAACAGCAUUGCCUGUUACAAGCCCGGAGAGAACCUUACAGUGGAUGAGCAGCUGUUUUCCACAAAAGCACGGUGUCGCUGGACACAAUACAUGCCAAACAAACCUGAUAAAUUUGGGAUCAAGUUUUGGCUGGCAGUGGACGUUGAGUCCAAAUAUGUGGUGAAUGGUUACCCCUACCUGGGCAAAGAUGAAACUUGCCCAGCUGGUCAGAGACUGGGUGACAAUGUGGUACUUAGGCUGAUGGAACCAUACUUAGGAAAAGGGAGGAAUGUUACCACUAACAAUUUUUUUACUUCACUGGAAUUGGCAAAAAAGUUGAAGAAAAAGAAAACCAGCCUGGUUGGAACAGUGAACAAAGCAGGAAGAGAGCUUCCACCAUCUUCGCAAAACUUGCAACCACAGCUGUACUCCAGUACAAUUUUGAAACACAAUGACUGUGCUACACUAACUGUUUACAAGUGCAAGCCGAGAAAGAAUGUCAUUAUUCUCAGCUCCCGUCAUACGUCCGUUGCCAUCGGGACUGUUGACAAGAAAAAACCAGAGACUGUGGAUUUCUACAAUGACACAAAGCACGGGGUGGACGUUUUAGACCAGAUGGCACGUCAGUACUCUGUGAAAGCUGGUUCUCGACGCUGGCCAGUUGCUGUGUUUUACAAUGUGCUGGACCUGGCAGCCAUCAAUUCCUUCGUUUUGUACAAGGAAUGCACCGGAGAAAAUAUCAGUAGGAGAGAUUUCAUCUUGAAGCUAGCCACAGAGCUUCGGCAGAAACAUUUCGAUCAGAAAACUGCAAAGCAGCAGGGAAACGCAGCUCAACCUGGAUUCAGUGCUGCACCCAGCGACACACGCAAGAGAAAGCAAUGCAAGGUAGCUAAAUGCAAUAAAAAUAAAACUUCUGAUAUCUGUGCCCAAUGUGAAAGAGCAGUAUGUGGUAAAUGCACAGGAAAAGUUGAGAAGCGUUACAUCUGUGUGGAUUGUGCUACUUAGGGGGCUACUUUGAAGUCCAUUUCCCUGAAAGCACAUUCAUGUUACAUAAUGGGAGUUGAGAUCUUUUUUAAUGCUAUUUUGUAUGUACAUAUACCUGUUUAAACACUAGUUUCUUUUGAAAUGUUUAUUUUAUUAUAGUUUCUCAUUUUUUGAAGUAGUGCUUUGUGUGGCAAGUUGGAAAAUAAACCCUUUUAUGUUUAAUUGUUCAUUUAAAUAAGUGUUUUGGCUGUGCAGAUGUUUGAUAUGACGUGCUUGAAUAAAACGUUUGAGUCGUA